GGGUGGGGCCAGCAGGCAGUACCAAAGUUCCCGUAUGUGCGUUUCCAGUCUUCAAUUAGGUCCGAAUUCCCGGCAUAUAAAGAUAUUACCGUAGCUUGUCUUUCAGAUUGCUCCAGUUUCUUGCGCAGGCUGGUUCGUCAUGUCUGGUCGCGGCAAGGGCGGAAAAGGCUUGGGUAAAGGAGGCGCCAAGCGUCACCGUAAAGUCUUGCGAGAUAACAUCCAGGGUAUUACCAAGCCUGCCAUUCGGCGUCUUGCUCGGCGCGGCGGUGUCAAGCGUAUUUCUGGACUGAUUUAUGAGGAGACCCGUGGGGUUCUGAAGGUGUUUCUAGAGAACGUGAUCCGUGACGCUGUUACUUACACGGAGCACGCCAAGCGCAAGACCGUAACAGCCAUGGAUGUGGUCUACGCUCUCAAACGACAGGGACGCACUCUUUACGGCUUCGGCGGCUGCGCCAGGCGGGAAGCCUCGCCUGCGAUGCGCUCGAAGAUGUCGUUUACAAAGGAAUUCAUGAUGCCCAUGGCCUUCGAUGAGAUGCCGGAAGUCACUAUGUCUGGACGUGGAAAGCAAGGCGGCAAAGCUCGGGCGAAGGCUAAAACGCGUUCUUCCAGGGCCGGGCUUCAGUUUCCAGUCGGCCGUGUCCACCGCCUCCUUCGCAAGGGCAACUAUUCCGAACGAGUCGGGGCUGGCGCUCCCGUGUACCUGGCGGCGGUGUUGGAAUAUCUGACCGCUGAGAUCUUGGAGCUAGCUGGCAACGCGGCUCGCGACAACAAGAAGACCCGCAUCAUCCCGCGCCACCUGCAGCUAGCCAUCCGCAACGACGAGGAGCUAAAUAAGCUUCUAGGUCGCGUGACCAUUGCGCAGGGCGGUGUCUUGCCCAACAUCCAGGCCGUCAUGGCCUACACCAAGCCAACCACACGCGAGUCCACUGGUGGCAAAGAGCCUCCUAAGCAGCUAGCCACCAAGGCAGCCAGCAAGAGCACUCUGGCCACCAGCAGCUUGAUGAUGUCCUUCAGAUACAGAUCCUACGGGAAGUUGUGUUCAGGUAUGGCGCGUACUAAGCAGACCGCUCGUAAAUCCACAGGCGGUAAAGCACCGCGCAAGCAGUUGGCCACUAAAGCAGCUCGCAAAAGCGCUCCUGCCACGGGUGGCGUGAAGAAGCCUCAUCGCUACCGCCCUGGUACCGUGGCUUUGCGCGAGAUCCGUCGCUACCAGAAGUCCACCGAGCUUCUUAUCCGGAAGCUGCCGUUUCAGCGCCUAGUGCGAGAAAUCGCCCAGGACUUCAAGACCGACCUGCGCUUUCAGAGUUCCGCUGUGAUGGCGCUGCAGGAGGCCUGCGAGGCUUACUUGGUGGGGCUUUUUGAGGACACCAACCUGUGCGCUAUCCAUGCCAAACGCACUUGGUGUUCGUCUCCUACCAUGUCUGGCAGAGGCAAAGGUGGUAAAGGUUUGGGAAAAGGAGGCGCCAAGCGCCACCGCAAAGUGUUGCGCGACAACAUCCAGGGCAUCACCAAACCCGCCAUCCGUCGCUUGGCCCGACGCGGCGGCGUGAAACGCAUCUCGGGCCUCAUUUAUGAGGAGACGCGAGGUGUGCUUAAGGUGUUUCUGGAGAAUGUGAUCCGGGAUGCUGUAACCUACACGGAGCACGCCAAGCGUAAGACAGUCACCGCCAUGGAUGUGGUCUACGCGCUCAAGCGCCAGGGUCGCACUCUGUACGGCUUUGGUGGCUGAGCUUUAUUUAACAGCUUACCCAUAAAAGGCCCUUUUC